CCUUGAAAGCACUUACCAAGAGCAGACAUCAUAUCCUCACACCACCAACCACACUGACACAAUCAUUCUUCCUCUCAAACAUUCAUCUCAUACCAGCUCAAGCAAGUAUGCAUUACACCGCGCACUCCCUCGUCUGGGCCACUCUCCUCAGCAGCGCCUGGUGCCAGUUCUCCAAGCUUUUCAUCAGCCAGCCGGCCUUCGUCCACCACCCGUGGCCGUCGAUCUUCGUCGAAUCGCCCGAGUUCGGUCCGACCGGCUCGUACCUUGACAAAGACCACACGCGCGAAGGCGCAGGAACCUUCCCCGCACUGUCCUGGCCAUACUCCUCCGGCGCAGUCCAGGAGUAUAUUCUCAUCUGCGAAGACCCCGACGCCCCGGCCCCGGAAGCCAUCGUCCACGGCAUCUACUACGGGAUCCACCGCGCCACGACCGGGGUACAGAACCCGGAUUUCUUCCUCGAUCAGUCGCAGGCAAAGCCGUUCAUGCUGCGGGGCGGGUUCAAAUAUGGUCAGAACGGAGGAGACGGCGUGUAUCUCGCUCCCCUGGCGCCCCAAGGCCAAGGGCCGCACCGGUACUUCUUCGAGCUGGUGGCGUUGAACGAGACGCUGGACCAGAAGGGGCUCAGUUCGCCCGCUCAGGUCGACGAGCUUAUGCGCGCGAUCGAUGGGAAGGUGGCCGGAUGGGGGGCGUGGAUGGGCUUGUCUCAGAGAGCUUGAGCAUGAUGGAAGAGCGUGGUCAAAGAAGAGGGAAUCGUUAUCUGCCCUCGGGUUGCACAGUCUUCUUAAGUCGUUGGCGUUGUUUUCAUGGUUUAUCCGCGGUCACUUGUAUCAUCAAGACAUUGGGAGCAGUCGAUGUGAGGGGAGUGGUACGACCAGAG